AUAUACUUUCUCUACUUCUCAUUGUCUCUCUCUCACCUCAUCUCUCAGUUAUCCUUGCGGAUCUCACGCUAUAUCUCGGAUUAACUGCUGUGGGCGGCACAUAACUUACGAGCGAGUUUUGGACAAUCUACCCCUUUUGCGCAAUACAUAGGUUUUUUUUUGUAAUGGCAUCAUGCUCUUCUCUCUGGGCCUUUCAUCGGCGCCGGCAACUCACAGCACGAGAUUGGUCUUAUUUUGCAGUGACCAGUGACGCUUUUUUUUGGCCUCAUGGGGCAACGCCUUUAGAGUUGUUUUAUGGCAAGGGGCAUGAUAGGAAAGGACUUGACGGUCACGGGACGACGGUACUAUUUAGCGGCGUCGCUUUUAUUUUUCUUUCUGAUGAAAGGCUUAGGAGGAAGAUGAGUGCACUAUCUAGAGACUUGAGGCGGAUUUUCGUUCGUCGGCAUGUGUUGGUUUUAGCAAUGAUACCUACCUACUACCCUUUGGAUAAAGGCGUGGGCGAAUAGAGCAUGAAAUGAAAAAAAGGAUCUUCUGGUUCCGAAUCGAAA